AUGUUAAAUACUUCAUAUGUCGCAACGCAGAAAGAUUUAUUCUAUAAAACAAACUACGUUGAUAUUUUUAGCAAUUCUCAGAACCAAUUGGAUAAUAUCCCAUUUGUGGAAUCCACCAUUGAUACUUCAUUUGAGAAUUUUAUUCAAUGUGAUAUAAUAUAUGAACAAAUACAAUUGACCAUCAUUAAAAACAAGAUUAAACUUUCUAAACAACUUGAAACCGCUGUUACAGAAGCAUUAACAAAAGAUAAUCCAUAUCAAGAAUUAGAGGAAAUCUUUAAAGAAUAUGGACAAGUCUUCUGUUUAAGUUUUGCCUUGGGUGAAAGGCUAAGUAAAUUAAACGGAUUUUCAUAUGUUGAACAGGAAAAUCUUACAAAAAUAAUAAGUAAUGGAUUUAAAGAAAUAACAAACUGUCAAAAUGUUCUUGAUGAGUGGAAAAAUCUCUUUAGCCAAUUUAAUAUGGAUUCAACAAAGUUUACCAAUGGCAAUUCAACUGUUGACAUUAACGAUAUAAAUGACAUUGAUUUGUGUUUAAGGACAUGUUCUGAGAAUCCUAAUUCAUGGAAAGUUAUUAACCGUUUACAGUUAGUACCUAUGUAUAAACUUCUUAAUGAUGAUCAUCAGAAGGAAAUAGAAAUUUUACUAAGCAAUGAAGAAAAAAAUUUUGAUGAAUGGUGUUUCUAA